GGGUUGAACUUGGUCUGCGCUGGCCAUCUCUUUACCCACCAUGUCGCAACUAUCUCACUGGUAAUGGGACCCUCGAUGCUCCCGACAAUGGAAGUCUCUGGCGAAGCUUGUAUCGAGCUAAAGUGGAUCAACCCGGAGAACCUCAGGAGAGGUGACCUCGUCACUUACAUGGCCCCAUAUGACACCACCCGACCUGUCUGCAAGCGUGUUAUCGGUCUCCCCGGGGACGUGGUAUGUGCGGAUCCGACAGGACAGCAUGCACCUUCAACAGAACAUGUGGUCGUACCUAAAAAUCAUAUUUGGACUACUGGCGACAAUCUACCUUGGUCCACAGACUCCCGGACGUACGGCCCUGUUCCGAUGGGUCUCAUCAGAGGACGUCUCUAUGCGAAGUGCUGGCCGGUCUGGAGAGUGUUUCCUAAUACAUUCGAAUAUAUCGACUAA